GGAACAGCGAACGGUAGCCCGUAAGGAUCAGUCCUAGUCCAGCGUAUUCACCGCGUGAAUUGUCUCCUUGAGGGGGCGGGGGUCUACGACGCUUGAGCUCAAGCGGGCGAGGCGACUGAGCGGCGCCAGUCUUCGGCACAGCGCCCUUCUUUCUCGGUUGUUGGGCUGCGUGCCUCUCCUCCAGUCGGCGCCGAAGGGAGCCUGGUUCUGGGCGGGCGGAGAGCUUGAGCCCACUAGGAAUGGCUGCCCCAUCUAUGAAAGAAAGGCAGGCUUGCUGGGGAGCCCGGGAUGAGUACUGGAAGUGUUUAGAUGAGAACACAGAGGACGCUUCUCAGUGCAAGAAGUUAAGAAGCUCAUUUGAAUCAAGCUGUCCCCAACAGUGGAUAAAAUAUUUUGAUAAAAGAAGAGACUACUUAAAAUUCAAAGAAAAAUUUGAAGCAGGAGAGUUCCAGCCUCCGAAAACAGCCGCAAAGUCCUAGGCUGUUCCUGAACAUUUCAGAAAGGUAGAAAUUAUUUUUUCUGGACAUUCAAAAAUGCUCUAUGGGACAAUAGUAGUUUGAAUGAUGGCAAACACCAAUGCUUGUUCCAUAUAUAUAAUUCUUAAUUUAAAUGGUCAAGUAACAAGAGUCCAUUUUUCAAAAGACAGACUUGAAAUAAAAUGGUAUGAAAUAUGCUUAAUUGAGUAAAAAACACAUAUUUUAAGAAAAAAACAAAAUUA